AUGUUUGGCCCCGCAAAAGGUGGCCAUUUUGGAGUCCACUCCGCGGCUGGUUGCCCCGGCGGCGUCUCCCAACCGGCUGGCGGGACCAAAACUGGCCCUGCGGGUGUCUGGCCUGUGGGCGGCCGCGCCGACACAAUGUGGCGGCUCCGCUGCAAGGCCAAGGAUGGCACCCAUGUUUUGCAGGGACUGUCCAGCCGAACCCGGUUGCGAGAACUCCAGGGCCAAAUUGCCGCCAUCACCGGGAUCGCUCCCGGCGAUCAGCGAAUCCUUGUCGGAUACCCGCCCGAAUGCCUGGAUCUCAGCAACGGGGAUACCACUCUGGGGGACUUGCCCAUCCAGUCAGGCGACAUGCUGAUCGUUGAAGAAGACCAAACCAGACCCCAAACUUCACCUUCAUAUACAAAACAUGGUGCUCCUAGUUAUGUCAGGGAAACUUUGCCUGUGCUUACCAGAACUGUGGUCCCAGCCGACAACUCUUGCCUCUUUACCAGUGUAUACUAUGUCGUUGAAGGUGGAGUCUUGAAUCCAGCUUGUGCCCCUGAGAUGAGACGUCUUAUAGCACAAAUUGUAGCAAGUGAUCCAGACUUAUAUAGUGAGGCAAUACUGGGAAAAACAAAUCAAGAGUACUGUGACUGGAUCAAAAGGGAUGAUACUUGGGGGGGAGCAAUUGAGAUAUCAAUUUUGUCUAAGUUUUAUCAAUGUGAAAUAUGUGUAGUAGAUACACAAACAGUAAGAAUUGAUCGUUUUGGAGAAGAUGCAGGAUAUACCAAAAGGGUUCUACUGAUCUAUGAUGGCAUCCACUAUGAUCCGCUUCAGCGAAACUUCCCUGAUCCAGAUACCCCUCCUUUGACCAUUUUCUCCUCUAAUGAUGAUAUUGUCCUUGUACAAGCACUGGAACUAGCAGAUGAAGCUAGAAGAAUGAGACAAUUUACUGAUGUAAACCGCUUUACCCUGAGAUGUAUGGUGUGUCAGAAAGGAUUAACUGGACAAGCAGAAGCAAGGGACCAUGCCAAGGAGACAGGCCAUACCAACUUUGGAGAAGUGUGAUCUAUGCAUGAUGAGGGUUGAAGCCUACUACCUCACAGAUCCAGAAAGCUCUGGGUUUUCUAAUAAGCUAUUCUUAACCCUGAAGAACAAAGGACACAAUGCUUGAACCAUCCUUUUAACUUAAACCACUAAGACACUGAAAUUCCUUGUUAAGAUUAAAAUUAGUGUGCAAGUUUACAGAUGUGUGUCUACAGUGGUGAUACAUGCCCUCUUUCUGCUGGGGUGACAGAAUAGGUGGUCCUCAGCCACUUGCUGACACUAACCUGAAGAUUGGAUUUUAGUAUUACAAACUAGCAUCCAGGAGCUUUAACUUGUAGAAGAAAACAUCAUAUUUGGGGUAAUGUGGAAGGCCUCGUGUUAAGGCCACUGGACAUGAACCACAGUGUCUCCAGUAAUUGCUUCCUUUUAAAACUGAGUUAAUAGUUUCUAAAUUAAGAAUUCAUCAAAUGAAGAUACAAUUGUCAAAACUAAUUUUAUACUGCAAUUUGUUAGACUUUGUAAGUGUGUACUUAACCACUUAUAAGUACAUAGCAAGCAAUUUUUGCAGGGAUAAGUCUAUUCCUUGAGAAUGUUAUCUAAACAGGAAUUGAUUGGGUCCUGUUUAAGAUUUCUAGUGGAUAAAAGCAGAAUGUAUGAGGGAAAAGGUGCCUGAAGCAGCUUAUUGAAGCUUUAAAAGACCAUUGGCCUCAUGUUUUAAUGCAAUUUAUGUAUUAGUGUUUGCACAUUGGACAAAAUUUUAAAAUUAAGCAGGGUAUGCUAUUUCAGUUAAAGUUCCUUAAAAUUUGAGUGCUCAAUUUUUGCUUUUUUUUUUUAAAAAAAAAAAAAUACACAUUUGCCUGAAGGGCUUUAAUUUCCUCAGCCUUUUUGUUAAGAGCACUUCCUCCAAGAAAAAGUCUUCAUCUAAAGUGAUAAUGCUAUGCCUUGGUUUGGUUUUUAUAAGAUCUUUUGCAUACCUACCUAGUGUUUUUGUGCUGCCAGUAUCCCUCCACUAAUGCUCUUUAGAAUAUUCCAUGUUACAAAUUAGCACUUGGCUUAUCUUUCAUAUUUUACUUUGACUUUUGAACAGUUUUAAAGUAAUUGGUGUAAUACUAUUGAAUGAAUUUGUUUCACUUCCAAAAUAUGAAAGUUUUUAAAUCCUUGCCUUAUUCAGCUUUCUAAAUUCUGCUUCUUCCUAAUAUCAGAUGUGUAGCCAUUUGCUUGGUGGACUAAUCCUCAAGGCACACCCUUUAAAACUUAGCUUCACCACAAGAUCUUCCAGAUAAAGUUUCCUACCUCUUAAUUCUUAUGAAGAUCAGGGAUGCUAAAUUAUAAUUUGUUAUGUAUUUACACAAUGUAAAGAGGCCUAAUGUUGUGAAGUUUUGUUAUCUUGUUUUCAUUAUUUAUUAUCUCAUAGAGAACCAGUGGAUACUUUAAAGCACUUAUAACUCCACAUAUCUUCUUGGCAGAUGUUUUAAACUUGAGAUUUACCUAUAGCGCUUUUACGGUGACAGUGGCCAUGUAAAAUAAAGGAACAUAAAGGUGAAUGAUUUAGGAGGACAGUUCCUUGAAGGAACAAUUCACAAAGUGUGCUUUAAAUCAUCAGAUGACAUUUCCUGAGUACCUUUUGUGUGCACUGCUGUUUUAGGCAUUAUAAGUUAUUAUGAUCAGUGUAAGUUGAAAGUGUUUCAUUUUCUUUUUUAACUGAGCCUUAAAAAAUAAUGCUCCUGAGCUUAUGAUACUUAAUGUUCGGCAAUCAUCAUAUGAACAGAUGAAUAUGAUAUGAAAAUCUCUUCAUACCUGUCUGUCAUUGGGUCUAGAUGGUUUUUGUAGCUCCUUUAUUUCCCCCAGAAAAUAUUAAAUUGAAAACUAUAAAUUAAGAUUA